GGGCCGCUCUCUGUCCCCGUGGUUCGUUGGAACCCGCAGGGUUAACAGGGGCUAGUGGGUCCCGGACGAGCGGAGGGGCUGUCCAGCUCUGAGGAACUGCACGCCGCGCGCGGGCGGGUCUGCGCCAGCAGCCAAGAGCCCCGCCGGAGAACCGGACGCGCCGGGGUUAAUCCCUCAGGCCCAGGAGAGGGGGCAGGCCCCGAACCCCGGGAUCGGAGGGCUGCUGGGUCCCAGACAGAAGCGAGAGUGCCAGGCGUCCGAUGCCGUUCCCCUCGGGCUGCGUGAGCGCCGGCCGGGCCUCUGCCGCAGACAUGGAGAAACUCAGUGCCCUGCAGGAACAGAAGGGCGAGCUGCGCAAGCGGCUGUCCUAUACCACCCACAAGCUGGAGAGGCUGGAGACGGAGUUUGACUCCACACGCCAUUACCUGGAGAUUGAGCUGAGGCGUGCGCAGGAAGAGCUGGACAAGGUCACCGAGAAGCUGCGCAGGAUUCAGAGCAACUACAUGGCGCUGCAGAGGGUCAACCAAGAGCUGGAGGACAAGCUGUACCGCAUGGGCCAGCACUAUGAGGAAGAAAAACGUGCAAUGAGCCAUGAGAUUGUUGCCCUUAACAGCCACCUGCUGGAGGCCAAGGUGACCAUUGACAAGCUGUCAGAGGACAACGAGCUCUAUAAGAAGGACUGCAAUCUAGCGGCCCAGCUGCUGCAGUGCAGCCAGACCUACGGCAGGGUCCAUAAGGUGUCCGAGGUAACGUGGCCCCGCCCCACAGCCAGGCCCGCCCCGUCCCAGGACCACCCGGCUCCUUUUGGGCCACCCCACCCCGAAGCCUCUCCCCACCCUCCAGGAAGAAGCUACCCGCUGCCCUCGGACUUCCAGCAGCGCGUGAGCCUGCACAUGGAGAAGCAUGGCUGCAGCCUGCCGUCCCCACUCUGCCAUCCGGCCUACGCCGACAGCGUGCCCUCCUGCGUCAUCGCCAAGGUGCUGGAGAAGCCCGACCCUGGCAGCCUGUCCUCGCGCAUGUCGGAUGCCUCGGCCCGUGACCUGACCUUCCGCGACGGAGUGGAGAAGACGUGCCCACGACCCCAGUACAAGGGAGACAUCUACUGCAGCGACACGGCUCUCUACUGCCCAGAAGAUCGGCAGCAUGACCGGCGGCCCAGCGUGGACACCCCGGUGACCGACGUGGGCUUCCUGCGGGUGCAGAACUCCACCGACAGCACGGCAGAGGAGGAGGAGGAGGCCGAGGCGGCGGCCUUCCCUGAGGCUUUCCGCCACGAUGCCUUCCCGGGCUACGCGGGCUCGCUGCCCACGUCCAGCUCCUACUCCAGCUUCAGCGCCACGUCCGAGGAGAAGGAGCAUGCGCAGGCCAGCACGCUGACCGCCUCGCAGCAGGCCAUCUACCUAAACAGCCGCGACGAGCUCUUCAACCGCAAGCCGCCCUCUGCCUCCUAUGGGAGCAGCCCUCGCUUCGCCAAGGCCGCGGCCACCCUGGCCUCCCCGCUCGAGGCCCAGGUAGCCCCGGGCUUUGCUCGGACAGUGUCUCCGUACCCGGCUGAGUCCUACCGCUUCCCGGCCUCCCCAGGUCCCCAGCAGGCUCUGAUGCCGCCAAACCUGUGGAGCCUGAGGGCCAAGCCAAGCGGUAGCCGACUUGCCGGGGAGAACAUUCGAGGCCAGUGGCGGCCCCUGAGCGUCGAGGAUGUCGGCGCCUACUCGUACCAGGCGGGCACCGCAGGCCGCGCUUCGCCCUGCAACUUCUCAGAACGUUUCUACGGCGGCGCUGGCGGCGGUGGCGGCGGUGGCAGCAGCCCAGGCAAUAAGGCUGAGGGCCGUGCCAGCCCCCUCUAUGCCACCUACAAGGCCGAUAGUUUCUCGGAGGGCGAUGACCUUUCCCAGGGUCAUCUGGCCGAGCCCUGCUUCCUCCGAGCAGGUGGCGAUCUGAGCCUCAGCCCCAGCCGUUCAGUUGACCCGCUCGCUGGCUAUGCACCCAGUGAGGGGGAUGGGGAUAGGCUCGGGGUGCAGCUGUGUGGGGCUGGCAGCAGCCCGGAGCCUGAGCAUGGCUCCAGGGAUUCCUUGGAGCCCAGCUCCAUGGAAGCCUCUCCUGAGAUGCACCCUGCACCGCGCCUCAGCCCCCAGCAGGCCUUCCCCAGGACUGGAGGCUCUGGGCUGAGCCGCAAGGACAGUCUCACUAAAGCCCAGCUCUAUGGAACCUUGCUCAACUGACUGCCAUCAGCAGGCCACAGUCAGCCCCCCC